UUUGUAAAGUGGCGUUGGCAAAACAAAUAAUUAACUAAUCAAUAGCGUAGGUAAUUAAAAUAUUCCAAAGGCUUAUAAAACGGGCGAAACCAGCCGAAUCCUUAGAGAAUUUACAAAGUGUACUCAUGGGUACUCUGUUUCAGCUGCAGGAGAACUGCCUUCGGGCGAUGGGUCACAGCCACAACGUGGACAGUACCAAGGACAAAGUCCUGGGCUUGAAGCACAUUAGUUCGCUGGUGUUCGUUAUAUCUGCGCAGUAUCCACUGAUCUCCUAUGUCGUCUACAACCGCAAUGACAUGGAAAAGGUCACAGCCUGUCUGAGUGUAGUGCUUACCAACUUGCUGACAGUGGUUAAAAUAACCACUUUUCUGGUGCACAAGCAGGACUUUUGGGCAAUGAUCCGGCGCUUUCGGAAAAUGCAUCAGCAAUCAAGCCAGAGUCCCAGAAAAAGGAAUGGCUUGGAUGUGGACUACGUGGCCGAGGCGAAUAAGCUGGCAUCCUUUUUGGGAAGGGCAUAUUGCAUGUCCUGCGGCCUAACUGGGCUCUACUUUAUGCUGGGACCUAUUCUGAAAAUCGUGGCUAGCAACUGGCAAGGCACAACAUAUCUUCGGGAGCUGCCCAUGCCGAUGAAGUUUCCAUUCGACGAUGUGGGAAGUCCUGGCUACGAAGUGUGUUUCCUUUACACCAUACUGGUUACCGUCGUCGUUGUUUCCUACGCCUCGGCCGUCGACGGCCUAUUUAUUUCGUUCGCCAUCAACUUGCGAGCCCAUUUCCAGACAUUGCAAAGGCAAAUAGAGAACUCCCAGUUCGAUUUACCCGAGAAGGAGACUCAGGAGGGCAUUAAAUCCCUUGUGGACUACCAUGAUCUAUUGCUUUGCCUAUCCAGACAGUUGCGUUCGAUUUACACACCAACCGUAUUCGGGCAGUUCGUCAUUACAUCGUUGCAGGUGGGCGUGAUUAUAUACCAACUUGUGACGAGCAUGGAUUCGGUUAUGGAUCUCUUGUUGUAUGCCACGUUUUUCGGUUCCAUCAUGCUUCAAUUGUUUAUUUACUGCUAUGGCGGUGAGAUCAUCAAAGCUGAGAGUCUGCAGGUCGAUGUUGCUGUUCGGCUCUCCAACUGGUAUCUGGCUCCUCCGAAACUACGAAGAUCCCUGGCACUGAUCAUUCUGCAGUCCCAACGGGAAGUCCUGAUCAGGGCCGGCUUCUUUGUUGCUUCUCUGGCGAACUUUGUUGGGAUCUGCAGGACGGCUUUAUCGUUGAUAACGCUAAUCAAAUCGAUUGAGUAA